AUGUCUACUGUCUCGCCGUUUGCGCGUGCGCCUGCCUUUGAUGAACCCCGCCUGAAUGGCCGCGAGCAGACCAUUGAAGAGAUGUACAGUGUACCAGAGAGCUUCUUGGAAAUUGAAGUACGAAACCCCCAAACGCAUGGGUUUGGUCGGAAGAUGUUUACGGAUUAUGAGAUUGUGUGCAAGACCAACAUCCCGGCUUUUAAGCUGCGUCAUUCUCUCGUUCGCAGGCGUUACUCGGACUUUGAAGCGUUCCGCGACAUCCUGGAACGCGAAUCUACCCGGGUUAACAUCCCUCCUCUCCCUGGGAAGGUGUUCACCAACCGAUUCUCCGACGAAGUCAUUGAAAGCAGGAGGGAGGGAUUGGAACGCUUCCUCAGCGUCGUUGCUGGCCACCCGCUUCUCCAGACGGGCAGCAAGGUCUUGUGCGCCUUUCUCCAGGAUCCAGCUUGGGACAAAUCUCAGUGGAUUUAA